CUCCUCAACAACAAUCUCAACAACAGGUUUAUGCUCAGACCAUUGCUUAUCCAACACCUCCAUCUAGUUCUUCAAGUUCUCGACGAGUCUCCGCCUAUUUUAAUAUACCAACCACUACUUCUUCCUCUUCAUCAAAUUCAUCAAACAUGGUAUACUCUAGUCAUUCUUCACAACAAUCUUAUGAAGUACGACAAACUUUUACCAACGUUACUGUAAGAAAUACACAACCUCAAUAUGUUAUGGAUCCAGUUGGUGUAUUUUAUACAAGACGUGUUCAAUCUAGUCUUAUCAAUGCUCGGUCAGCUUCUUCGGGAUUCCCUGUUAAUAAUAUGUCAUUCACUACAACCGUUGUAUGA